CGCGGGCGGUAGUGAUCCCUUACAGCCCCGACACUACACGCAGUCCGGGAGGUGAGAGGAAACUGUACAGACUGAGGUCGCUUAAGAAGCUGAGCGGCAGCAUCAUGGCGGAGCACAUCGAGCCUCCGGUUCAUACCCAGAGUCCGCAACCGGUGCCGGCGGCGACCUGGCCAAUUACCCGAGAGUCCUACGAGCUGCAGGAAGUCAUCGGCAGUGGAGCCACAGCCGUUGUUCAGGCAGCUCUGUGCAAGCCCCGGCAGGAGAGGGUGGCCAUAAAGCGGAUAAAUCUGGAGAAGUGCCAGACCAGUAUGGACGAGCUGCUGAAAGAGAUUCAGGCAAUGAGUCAAUGCAGCCACCCCAAUGUGGUAACAUAUUACACUUCCUUUGUGGUGAAGGAUGAACUUUGGCUAGUAAUGAAGCUGUUAAGUGGAGGGUCCAUGCUGGACAUGAUAAAACACACGUUCAGCCGAGGGGAGCAUAAGAACGGCGUUCUGGAAGAAUCCAUCAUCGCCACCAUCUUAAAGGAGGUGCUAGAGGGCUUAGACUACCUGCACAGGAACGGACAGAUCCACAGGGACGUGAAAGCUGGGAACAUUCUGCUGGGGGAAGACGGCUCUGUCCAGAUAGCAGAUUUCGGAGUUAGCGCAUUCCUGGCCACGGGCGGAGAUGUCACCCGGAACAAGGUCCGGAAGACGUUUGUAGGGACACCCUGCUGGAUGGCGCCGGAGGUGAUGGAGCAGGUACGAGGCUACGACUUUAAGGCGGACAUCUGGAGUUUUGGGAUCACGGCUAUUGAGCUGGCGACCGGCUCUGCGCCAUAUCACAAGUACCCCCCCAUGAAGGUCCUCAUGCUGACAUUACAGAACGACCCCCCCAUGCUGGAGACAGGUGUGGAAGACAAGGAGAUGGUGAAAAAGUAUGGCAAGUCCUUCAGGAAACUGAUAGCUCUGUGCCUGCAGAAGGACCCCACUAAAAGGCCUACAGCAGCAGAGCUCUUGAAGUGUAAAUUUUUCCAGAAGGCUAAGAACAGAGAAUAUCUGAUCGAGAAACUGCUACAGAAAGCGCCGAACAUCACCCAGAGGGCCAAGAGGGUGCGGAGGGUGCCGGGUUCGAGCGGGCACCUGCACAAGACAGAAGAUGGAGACUGGGAGUGGAGCGAUGAUGAGCUGGACGAGCGCAGCGAAGAGGGCAAGGCGGCGGUGAACCAGGGCAGGUCCCGGAGGCUGAGAGACGACAGAAAAGAUGACGAGGUGAACGCCAACAACGUAGCGAUGCAGGGACUUUCCAUCCAGCACCCCCAGGUGAGCCCAUCGCGAAGCGGAGGCCCCUGGCUGCCACAAUAUAUUUUUAUUGUUUUGUUUGUCAGGAACUCCAGAAAGGAACUGAAUGACAUCCGAUUCGAGUUCACACCAGGCAGAGACACAGCGGACGGCGUCUCCCAGGAGCUGUACUCGGCUGGACUCGUCCAGGGUCACGACGUCGUCAUAGUCGCCGCUAACCUCCAAAAGAUCGUGGACGACCCCGUUACCUACAAAGUGUUGACUUUUAAGUUGGCCUCGGGCUGUGACGGCACAGAGAUCCCGGACGAGGUGAAACUGGUGGGCUUCGCUCAGCUGAGCGUCAGCUGAUGCCUUGGACUCCAACACCCUUCUCCCCACCCCCACCACCUUGCCCCCACCCUCACCUGCUCCAGGCCGGUGACAAGGAGGGGCAGCCUUCCAGCCCUCAGACUGAGCACAAGGAGGGAGAUGGAGAAGAUGCACCUUUUCAGCCCAAAAAUCCCUUCUGCGUUGUACCUCCGCCGAUUGCCAGCAGAGUGGCGCCAGCCCCCUGCCCCCCCACCAGCCUCCACCCUGCACUGUCACCCCUUGCACCCCCCAAAACCAGGAUCUGAAAGAGCAACCUGCCGAGGUUCUCAGGGGCUAGUACUUAUUUCAGCAAAUUAGCGUAGGACUUUUAACACAUUACCUCUGCUUACCAUGUAGCACUCACUGUUAUUUAUUGAAUUCCAGGCUGCCGUUUUUGUUUUUUGUUGCUUGUUUUUAAAAUUUAAACUGAAACAAAAAUCAGUCGCUUCUCAGACACGCGACUGGCUGGUCAAAAUUCCACACUGGGUCCGAAAUGUACAACAUGUCGACAUAUUCUAUAUUAACCGUUGCUCUGUUACAACUGUGAUCACAAGUCAAGGAACCGUAAUGGACAUAGAAGUCAAGGAAUGAAGGGAGAGUGAAGAUUUGCAGGCUGCUAUUUCAGAAGUCAGUGUUAAUGCUUCAAAUGCUGAAGGUGCCUUGAUUAUUUUUAAUGUGCCUAAGAAUGUAGAAUGCCUGCAGUGGAUUUCGUAAAUGCAUUCGUUUCAAACCGCCACAGUGAUCCCGCUGACGUCAUUUCAAAAGUAGUGUUUGCACCUCAGCAGCAACGAAAUAAAAUUGAAGCCUCUUUUGCACUUUUAUUUUUGCGGACGGAGUAUUUGCACCUGGCCAGUUUUUAGCCCUGGGACAGUCUGUGAAUUUUAAUUAUUUUUACCUGUAGGCUUCGUCCUCACCAAUAUUGCGCUGUUUUCGGUCACAUGGUCGCACGCGUCACGCUGAACGUCAGGAUCUGUGCUUCACGUUUUGUCUUGUUUGCCGAAAUAGAUACUUUGACCGAGAAAUUAGCCUCCAAAAUGGAUUACUAUAAAGUAUCCGCAAAUUCAACUCAAUGACAACAUUUGAAUGGACCCCUUUGCAAAUUCGCUGAAAAUUUUCAGACGCAGCUGCUGUGUGAUAUUAACGGAUAUAAACCCUUUUGUCGUGAGAGGUAAGCUACGCUGUUUUCUAUACGUGGGACGUGUAUAGAGGCGUGCUCUGUCCGCUAAUUAAACCCAUUCCAUUUCUGUACGUGGCUAAUCACAAAUGUCUACAGAAGGACAACGGAUAAUUGCUGUUAAUAAACCUGUAAACAACGUG